UGACACCCGGGCUGGGAGAGAGAGAUAUAGGAAGCAGCAUCCACUCGCUGCUGCUUCACUCGCUCCAACUCCCUGCCCCUGAGACACACGCAGCCGGCCUCACGGGGAACACUCUACAUAAGAGAGGCUGUAGAACCGCUACGCCGUUUUACCGCUUCGCCCACAGAGAGUUUGGAGGGACAUUGAUGAGGACACAAUCAUGUUGCUGAAGCUGAUCACCGCCUUGCUCGUUUUCACGGUGUUUGGGAACGUAGUGGGGCUGGAUAAUAUCGACCUCCAUGACAGCCCCCCCGAGAAGCCCGCCAGCCAGAAAGGACGCCUCUCCCUCCAGAACACAGCGGAGAUCCAGCACUGUCUGGUGAGCGCGGGGGACGUGGGCUGCGGCGUGUUCGAGUGCUUCGAGAACAACUCGUGUGAGAUCCGGGGUCUGCAGGAGAUCUGCAUGACGUUCCUGCACAACGCCGGAAAGUUUGACUCUCAGGGAAAGUCCUUCAUCAAAGAUGCUCUAAAGUGCAUGGCACACGGACUCCGGCACAAGUUCAGCUGCAUCAGCAGGAAGUGUGUGUCCAUCAAGGAGAUGGUGUUCCAGCUGCAGAGGGAGUGCUACCUCAAACACAACCUCUGCUCCGCCGCCAAGGAGAAUGUCGCCGUCAUGGUGGAGAUGAUCCACUUCCAGGACCUCUUUCCUAAAGGGCCGUACGUGGAGCUGGUCAACAUCCUUCUGAGCUGCGGCGAGGAGGUGAAAGAGGCGUUGACCCACAGUGUGCGUCUGCAGUGCGAGCAGAACUGGGGCGCCCUGUGCGACAGCCUGAGCCUCUGCUCCCCCCUGACUACUGCCCCGGCCCCCCCUGCUGUCGCCGCCGCCGCCGCCGCCGCCGCCGCCGCCGCCCCCGCCUCGGAGCACCGCCGGCAGGCGUCUCCGCCUUCGCACCCCGACCCCAGCCACCCACGCCCGCCUCGGCAAGGAGACAAGGACAAGCCCGGCAAGGGCGGUUUGAACGCCCACCCCCGCAACCGCAGCCAGGGUCCCCGCCGGCAGAGCCCAGAGGCUGGGCUGGUGUCGGAGCAGGAGGCCCCAGGGGCCGGGGACAUCCGGAGGUGAAGAACCCAGGUGCUCCACCUUCCCCCCCCCCCCCUCCCUGAGCAGAAGGAAGCUACCCUCACACAUCCCUCUCCAGUCAUUCCAGAAGCCCCCCUGGUGGUCAACUUGCAGGGUCCUUGUGGUGUAGCUCCUACCGUUAUGCCAGAUUGCUUUGGUUUUCCGUUCAUGACUGAAUAAUUAUGAUUAUUGUUAGUAUCGUUAACUCGUUUCAAUUGACUAGAAUUACCUUGGCUCUCGUAUAGCGUUUCUUAAAUCCUACCUACUUGCGUCUGAUUUGAUUACAAUUUGUAUUAUUUAUUUUAUCCUUUAUGCAAUGUUGAAAUAUGAAAAAUGUACAUAGAAAUAUACUUAUCUAUAUUUAUAUAAACCUGUAUAAAUACAGUUAACACAUGCAGUACUGAUACGCUAUAUACAGAAUUGUAUAUAAUACCCUGUCCAAUCACACGUCCCAAGCCUGUAGAUAUGUAACAUACAGGGUUAAAUACAAAAUUGUACAGGUUUGAAGUCCAGUUCUGGCACAUAGCAGUAUAUAUAGCCCGGCGUGAGAGUCUAUGGCCAUAGGCGGCCACAAACUUGUAGUAAAGUGUUGAAGUGAAACAGCACUCCAAACAAGAAUGCAUAUAUCAUACAAACGAUAUGCUGUUAUAACUAAGAUUUAACUCGGACACCACUUUCUGAAGCUUCUCCGAAGGCGAGACCAAUUUAGGAGAGACUUAGUAUCCAUCCAAUUUUUUCAACAACCUCUGGUUUGAAAAGGGUUAGUUAUACCAUCAAGAAUAACUCAUCUUUGUGAAAAACAGAAUGUUAAUACACGGUAAUUCAAACUGACCACCCCUGUGAAAUGAACACUGAGCAGAAAUAUCUUUGGAAACUAUUUUUGUGACGUUGAUGGUUAACUGUUAUUUCACGGUCAUAUUCAAGAGACCGGUCCGUAUAAGCUAUGUGUUUGCUCUUCCUCCUCCUGAUGGCUUGUUAUCAUCCAAUGGCAACACGGAGAGGGUGAGUCAUGGCACCACUAAGACUCCACAGUGAUCCUCGCAUGUCGUCACACGGCAGCCUCUAUUGUGAACUCUCAAACGCAUAUCAAGGUGCCUAGACAUGGGAUAAGGCGAUUCAUCUGAAGGAGAAACGGGUGAUGGGACGCGAGCAGGAGGGGGAGGGGUAUGUCUGUCGCUCUCAGCAGGGGUUCGCUGAUUUAGAACUUUUUUUUUUCUUUUUUUUUUUUUUUUACACACAAUGUUUGGCUUCAGAAAUCUUACUUGGGAUGCAUAUCGGUGACAUCUUGGCACAGUGCAAACAAACAGUCAAUACACACACACACCUGGUCAAUAAAUAAUUACUCUUGAGUCUUUUCUGUUUGUGCUUGUAUGACAAAUAACCAAGUCCACAUGACCAAAUUUGACUAUUUCCUUUUCCUCUUGCCUGGUUCUGGGUCUCGGUGCUCGAGAUGCCGCUGGUCUCCAGCUCUCCUCCUUAUUAGCUUGUAUUCCUGCGGAACCAUCUUCCCUCCGACGCGGUCCGGACUAGACUUGAAGGCAUGCUUGUGUCCCUCUCCCCCCCCCGACCCACCCCUCCAUCCCUCCAGAACCACAGCCCAGCGAAGACCCAGGAAAACUGGGUUAAAUCCACAGACAGCAGCCCAUGGUGCUGUUAUUCUAAAUGUUAUAUUUACCAUGGCCACCAGAGAAUUCCUCUGGUCUGUGGCCAGCGGGCCAGACUCAUAGCGGGCAACAGAAGACACCGGGGAGGCUCACAGCGUUGCUUACUCCACUAACUCUGCGUCCCUUGUCCCAUCAUACGAUUCUCAGUUCCCCCCCCCCCCCCCCCCCUCAUCCCCUUGUUUUUAGGUUCCCGCUUCCAGGCACUUGGCAGCCAUUUGACCAUUUUAGGGCCGUCACAUGCUGUGAAUGUUUUCUAUCUUUGCUCCGCAUGUUGUAGUAGAAGUCACGGUGGUUGCUGAGACUAAAUGCGGAGACUAGUUUACAUGUUCUGGCUCCUCUUGAAGGGGGUCCUAGUUGUACUUUCUUAAAGAGGACAUCUGUCCUAAGCUUUUUACUAUACGUGCCCCGAUCGAGUGAGAGACUUUUUUCUGAGUAUGGGAGAGGUUUUGAGGGUGGGGGUGAUUCGGGGCGGGGGAGUCAUUACCAAUGUUUUUUUUGUUUUGUUUUUUUUACUUUCUGAUGGCUACUUCUUCUUUCUUUCUUUUCCUUUUAAACUGUUGGAUUUUGGGGUAAUCCCCAGGAUUUAUGAAACAUAAGCUAAUCGUUUUGAGAAUGUACUGUAAGUUUGUAAAUUCACAAUUGUUUUAGGUUUGCAUUAAUAGGUUUGAUAUUGGCUCUUGUAAUAUCCUGAUUUUACUUUUUUUUUUCUUGUUUUGUUUUCCUAGGGAAAUAAAUGAACAUGUCUCUCGCCCGUCCAUUGUUGUUAGCUCUCCAUCUCUGCUUCUCUCCUUCUUUUCCCUCUCUUUUAUUUGAAUCUUUAUUGAAUGUGUAGUCCGACAUAAUGUGCUCUCUACAUGGUCCUGAAGUCACACUAAGACCAGGGGCCCAAAUGAUCAUAAACUCUUUCAGGACUUAAUGGCGAGUUCAUAUGUAUCUCUUAUCAUUAAAACAUUAGUUUUUUCUUUUGGCCUGUAAUUUCAUUUGUUUUUGUUUUCCUUUGAAUGUGUUAUUGUAAGCACCAGUGGUAAAAAACCAAGUACCGAUAUUUGUAACAGAAUAAUAAAAACUACGUGGGUAGUAUUUACCCUUCA